AUAAUAAUAAUUAUUAUUCAUCUCUAUCAAAUUUUCUCCCAAAAUACACUUAUCAACUCUAUUCUGUCACUUCUCACGGCAGCAACUCCACCUCCACCUUCUUCUUCAAUGGAAGGAGUACAAGAUGUUCAAGGAGAAGAUCAAGCAUCAAGAUCUGAUGGAAGCCAAAUAACAAUGCCAGAAGAUGGUCAUCAGUGGAAGAAAUAUGGGCAAAAAUAUAUCGUAAGAAUAAGCAAAAACAGGAGCUAUUUCAAGUGCCGAAGGAGCAAUUGCAGAGUAAAGAAGAAAGUAGAAUGGCCUCCUAAUGAUCCUAGCAACAUGAGGAUUGUGUAUGAGGGAGCUCACAAUCAUCCACCUCUAUCAUCCUCUUCGGAUCCGGAUGCUUCUGGCUCGAACCCGGAUCCAAACCCGUAUGAAUUGAGAGCUCAAAUGUUUGGGCAACCGAAUGAAUGAACGCUCAUACGAUUGAGAUACACCCCAUAUUGCAAUCAUUAUGAGUUUUUUUUUUUAAAUUAGAUCAAUGCCUGGUUAAAAUUUUGCUAUGUGAUCUUCAUGUACGAGAGUAAAAUGGAUAUUUUAUUGGCUCUUGGUUUUUGGAGCACACCAAGAACCAUGCUAUAAUAAUGUCUGGAUUGAGCUUUUUUCUCUU